AUGGCUUACCGGGACCAAGACUACGGACGCCGGUCUGCCGUCGAGUUUGACGAUAUCCGCACACGCACCGUCACCCGCAGCCCCGCGCCACCCGCCCAAAGAUCCCGCCGAGGCGAUUAUGAGGAGGUUGACAUCCACUUCCGCGAGAGAGAUGGCAAUCUGCCCGAGUUCCUGAGCCGCUCUCGAAGGCCUGAGGCUGGCCCCAUGGUUCUUCGCCAGCGCGAGGCCGAUCCCUAUGACCGCCCGCCCAGGGAGCCCAGCCCGAUUCGCUUCCGCGAGGAGCGCAUUGUGCGGAGGGCCCAGAGCGUUUCGCCUUCAGAGCCGGAACGCAGGUCUCCUUCGCCUAGAGCCGUGCGCUAUGUUGAGCCGUCCGACACUGCUUCAGAGCACAUCCGCAUCAUCGAGCGAGAGCGCGAGCGUGAGCGGGUGCCUUCGCCUUCGCCUUCUCCCCCUCCGGCGCCUCCCGUCAUCCGCGGCCCGGUCAUUGAGCGUGAGGUUAUUACGCACUACACAGACAUUGAUCAUGGCAUGAUCCAAGCCAGACAGCCAUCCCCGCCUCCGGCGGCCCGGCCCCGCCCGAGAGAGCGCGAGACCCGCGAGACAGACAUUGACAUUUCACUGUCCAAGGGCCGCGCUGAGGUUGACAUUCACCGAUCUGCUAGCCGCACUCGCUCAAAGAGCCGUGAAAGGCGUUCCAGCCGCUUCUAUGAUGACGACAUUGUUGUCCGUCGCGACUUGAAGAUCGAGGAGACCAAGACCCGCAGAAGGGCUCACUCUGCCGCUGCACGCGGCCCCAUCGAGGACGAUGAGGCUGAGUACAUCACCUCCAAGGUCGACUCCCGGGGACGCAUGGGCGAGGCCUGGGGCGGUGCUACCAAAAACUGGGCCAUUGUCGACGUGCCUCCUGGAACUGAGCGGAUACGCAUGGAUGGCGCUGGCGGCGCAACCACCGACACCACCUGGAGCAAGUACAGCGGUGUGCGGAGGACCAAGUUUGUGCCGGAGAGAGAGAGGGAUAGGGAUGACUUGUCCAACAGGGCGCCCUCGCCUCCUCCCGCUCUCCGGGGUGAGCGCGUCAGCGUUUCCAUCCUCGACCGUGACCGUGAGAUUGAAAUCGACAGGCGGGUCGGCCGCUCUCCUGCUCCUCCCAAGGAGAUGUGGACUGAGAUUACCAAGGACCUGGUCAUCCGCGAGGCCAUCGAAGAGCUUGGCUACGAGUAUGAGGAGACUGAUCAGUUCUUUUAUGUCAUGGAUUACCUCAAAUAUGACGAUGUUCUUCAAUUGACUGAACUAUCUGAUGAUAUUCGACGAUCCAAGCGACAGCGACAGCGUGACAUUCGAUUCGACCGCGAGGUUGACUACUACGAGGAGGUUGACACCCGACGAAGCUAUGACAGGCGUGCGCCUCCUCGGCGGGACGAGCGUGAUCGCAAUGUCGUCAGGGAGACUGAGGUCAUUUACGACCGCGCAGCUCCUCGCUACCGUUGA